UCCAGCAUUUGCUCACCAUGAAGAUCACCCUAGUACUCGUAAUCCUCGCCACCUUCCUCGGCUGUGCGAUUAUCCACCAGUCGGAGGCGGCCUCCUCCCCCACGACCACUUCUGCCACGGCCACCACCACUACUUCCGCCUCGGCCACCACCACUACAUCCGCCGCGGCCACCACCACUACUUCCGCUUCGGCCACCACCACAACUGCAGCCUCAUCCAGCAGUGAAAAAAAGAAGAAGACUGUCAUUCACUCUAGGCGGAGGACCAAAAAUUCCAAGAAAAAAAGGAAAGUCAUGAGGAGAAGGGGUCGCAAGAGUCGCAGCAGUAGGAACCGCAGAUCGGAAGAAUAAGCGAUCCAGGAACAAUCCACGACAAUCCCGAUGCUGAACCCCAUGACCGAAAUGUUUUUUUAGUUUAUAAGCUUAACAAUACUUUUAUAUGUCAUC